UGUACUGACAUGUUUUCACUUUUUCACCGGGAAAUAAUUAAUACACGGUUUAAAGGUUUCAUAGAAUACAGUGGCAUUACUAACGCUAAAAGACGGUGAGCUAAGUUAGAAAUGCUAUGGACGAAGUUGCAUUUAAUCUGAUGCACUUUCACUACCACGUCUUGUACGUAUUUCGGCUGAAAUAGACUUUUCAGUGUGAGCAGCCUAUUUUGCCUGCUGAGUGCUGCCACAACUGCCGUGUAGACUAGGUAGCUUUAUGUAAAUAUGAAGAUGAGUUGUCAAACCACAAGGUAGCUGUACUUCGAGAUAAACUUUUUUGUGAAACAGUUGUGUCUGAGUUCCUUAUCUGUGCUCAGGCGCCGGGCAUGGCAGUGCAACAUCGUGUUUUCCACUGGAUGCAAGCCUGCGUGGUCCUGCAACUCUGCUUAUCUGAAGCCCUGCCUGCUGCCUCAGAGACAAGCAGAAAUUACUAUGAUACUCUCCAUGUUGAGCCAACAGCAACUGACAGCCAGAUAAAGAAGGCUUUCCGCAAACUGGCCAUAAAAUACCACCCCGAUAAGAACAAGAGCGCCGACGCAGAGAAUACUUUCAGAGAGAUUGCUGAAGCCUACAAGGUGCUCUCCAACAAGGAGAAGAGGAGGCUGUAUGACAGUGUGGGCCAUGAGGCGUUCCUAAAAGAUGGGGCCCCUUUUGAUCCCGAAGACGAACAUGAGACAAGCUUUCCCUUCAGUUUUGCAGACCUCUUCCAUGACUUGGAUGAUAGUCUUUUUGUGGAGGAGCCAUACUUCCACUGGAGCUUUCAUCAGGAUGGGGAGGAUGAGGACAGUCCAUAUGAACAUUACAGUUUUGAAGAACCUGGCUUCAGCUUUUAUUUUGGGGAUGGGGAUGAUAAUGAAGAAGACCUCCACUACUAGAUAUCCUAGCAUUUUUGUCCUGUAUCCUGCAUGACUGUUAUGUUUUAAUGUAUUGUAUUUUAUUGAUAAUAAAGUCUCCAUAUUAAAUUGC